AUGAUGGCAGAUCCUUUGAGCAUAACUGCCUCACUACUAGCGGUCAUCACAGCUGCUGUUCAGUCAACAAAAGCGCUCCGCGAAACUAUCAUACGAUUCAAAGGUCGCGACAAAACAUUGGCCAGACUACAGUAUGAGCUAUACGAUCUCAUCACAAUACUAGACUCGUUGAAGCAAGUGAUUGGGACCGAGCAGAGAUGUUGGCGCUUCUCAAAGGUCCUAUUGAGAGAUGUGCCCAACCAUAAUGCCAAAGUAUCUCAGAAAGUUCUCGAAGAUUAUAACGAAAUGAUCAAGGACACAAUGUAUUCCUUGGAAGUUCACUUACAACGAGUUGACGAGAAGAUGGGGCAGCUCUCCAUCGACAACACGAUCACUCCAAGCUCAAGUCUCGAUCUCAAUGACGAAAAGGAAGUCACUAAACAAUGCCUUCGCAUUUGUGAAAAUGCGUGUCAUUACAUCGCAUCCUUAGCCGGUCAAGAAUCGUCUCUUUUACAAGGGUCACGAGAUGGAGGGGGGGAGGAUCGUCUUUUUGAGGCCCAAAGAAUCACCCGACAGGCUCUGGACGAAAAUCAAGAUAGUUUCGACACGAUUAUCCGUGGGCUCCGGGCCCGUUUGGAAAUCCUUGUAUCGAAUAAUGACCCUGGCGACGAGAACGAGAGGACACGCUUAAUAAAGGACAUCGAUGCUUCCAAGCAAUGCCUUGAGAUCUGCAAGGUAGCGAGCGAAGUGUCGAAUCGGAAAGAAUACAGAGUGGGAGAGGUCGUUGCAGAUGGCGAGAGCGACCAAGUUGUUGUGAAUACCCUAGCGGAUCUUUUCGAUGUGAAGAAAGCGUUAUCGCUGGGGAAUUCAGCCCAACUUGUAGGCUCUAUGACAGAAGAAGCACUUCGGCAUUUGACGGACAAACGAUAUACGAGUCGGUUUGGAGCUUUAUCUUAUGCUUCUAGUAACACUGAUGAUCGAGUCACGGGGCAGAUUCUAGCUAGGGGGGACUGA